UCGAUUCGGCCAGGAGAUGACCGAUACGCCUGGGAGGCUGCUCUCCAGCCUUUCAAAUACAGAUGGGAAGCCUCCCAAAGUCGGGGGAUGCGUCGGUGUGUUUUUUCAGCUCUUCGAUUGGAACAGGAGGCUCUCUGGGAAACAUCUGUUCUCCACAAAGUCGCUUCCAGCAGAGAGGCCUCCGAGCAAUAAGUUCAACGACGAAAAGCUUCCAAUGGCAAAGCUCUUGCUGAUAGCCGACGAGAACCGAGGGGUGCAUUCAAACAGCGAGUCGCAGUCCGAGUUCGGUUCUGAGAAAUCGUCUGAGUAUGGAUCAAGCAAGAAGCCAGGAAUUGUUGCACGUCUCAUGGGUUUGGAAUCCCUUCCCGAGGCCGAGGUUCAAACGAAAGAGACAUUUUUCAAGCAGCAGAGUCAGGAGAAACACAGAAUAAUGCAACAGUAUCAGGAACUUCAAAUGAUGGAGGAUCUUCUUCAACAGCGGCCAGAUGAUUUAAGGAAAAUUAGAAGGGAGAUGGAAUCUUCACCAGGAAACAAGGUGCGGGUGGAAGAAAAAAUGCCGAAGAACGCAAGGAAAGAUCAAGAUCCCAUGCAGAAGUUUGCGAAGCUUCCGUUGUCGCCGAAAAAGUCAGGAAUUCCAUUUGCGUCUAUCUUGUCACCUUCAAAGAGCAGUAACAAGGUAGCCCCACCGAUAAAAAGUCAGAACAGCCACAGGAGGACUGCUCUACUUAUGGGGGCCGCUGCUAGAAUUCUUGAACCAGGGAUUCAAGCCAGUCGUUCGCGUCCGUUGCUGGAAAACGCUCCAGGUGCCAUUGAGAAUUCCAGUUCAGCUGCGAAAAGUGGAGGCAAUCGAGUUUACGCCGAGUUGAGAAAAAGUUUGCCGAAAACCAAUAAACAGGCUCCACAACAACAGAAGCCCAAAGAACAGCAGGAGGUCCAAAGAAGUAGCGGGUUGACGAGAGGCCCGGGUUCACUGUUACCUUGCAAGACCAAGUGUAGUAGCAAAAGUGGAAGCAAAGCUGCCGACAGAGGUACUCCUACGAAAAGUACGUCAAGUAAGCCACAGCAACAGUCUCCCAGGCUGGAAGAAGUUGUUACAGCGUGCGAGGUUCAAGAGGACGGUGAUGAUGACUCGCUGAGCGAUUCACAGGCCUCGAGUAGCAAGGAGAACCGGAUUAUUGUUAGCAGCUCUGCGGCAAAACUUCAAAAGGUUGUUGGUCCUCCAAAACUUUCAAGAAGCGGAAGCGUUAAGGAAGAGCAGCCCCCAACACCACCUUCCAGGGGAUCGCUUUUUCGUAGUAAGAGCGUGAGGGAAGAAGUACAGAGCUCCCCGCAGCCUUUACAACCUACGUCUCAACAGGAGAGUAGCCAUAGUGGUGGUAAAAGCUCUGUUUCCUCAACGACAACUCCAGUAAGCGGUGGGAAGGAAGUUCGGUUGAAGAGGGAGAAGAGGGAGAAGCGUCAGGGGCCGAUCAGUCUUCAAGAGCCGUCCACAGAAGUUGGCGCUCAAAAGUCAAGGAAGCCGCCGCUUGAUCAAGGAAGAACGGCACAAGUUCAACGUGGAAACCUUCAGGAACAGCCGCAGGAACAACAAAAGAGCAAAACAUCAAGGCAAAUACGCAAUGCGCAGGAAGAGAAGGAUGGUAAGAGCAGCAGCCUUCUCAGCUACGAUCGGCUGUUUAAGACCCGGAAGCAGCCAAAGAGCUCCAGUCCUAAUGGAGAGACCAGCAAGACUAACAACAACAGCAGAAGCAGCGUAGGCGAGAAACAAGCAUCAAAGAAACUGUCGUCUAGUAAGGAUGAAGAAAGCGUAAAGCCACAACCAAACAAGAACAACGACAACUCGUUGAUGAAAUCGUUACUCCGACGGAAGCCACUAAACAAAGCAGAAACAGUGUCAAGCUCCAAGAAGAAGGCGAUGGAAUGUCCAAAGCAGCAAAGAAGCAGCAACGAUGACAUUCAGCAUGCAUACGAGAGGCAGACGAGAUCCGGUGGAUCAAGCCCCGCACGAAAUCUCAAAGAGACGUCUAAGCGGGAUGUGGUUUCCUUGGACGUGACUAAGGAUUGGAAUCGAAUGCAUCUGCAAGAAGACAACGUUCUGGAGGAACCAGUGCUUGAUGUAUCUCCAGAGAAGGUUCAGGCAGUUGAAAGGAUGCAUUUUGAGCCAGACAUGAUCGCAGACAAGAGCUUGGAGGAAAUUCUCAAGACUAUUCUGUCUAAAUCUCUUGGCAAGACGAGCAUAGGUGACAGUCCGCUGAGUGGCAAAAAGAGUUCGUCUUUCGAAAUGAACGAAGAAGUACCAGUUGCGAAUGAAGACGAUGGCAACGUUAUUGAUAUGGAGCUGUCGCCUAUCGAGCCCCAGAGCCGCUUCGAGAUCGAUCAAACGGAGGACCUUCCCUGCAAAGUUCUUCAGUUCGAAGAUGACGAGAAGCACACAACAGCGACUCCUUUGGCCCUUCCUUCUUCGGAUGCUGAAGCUAAUUCGAAAACAGGUACUGCCGAAGUUGAUGGUGGACAACCGAGUCCAGUUUCUGUGCUGGACUUUUCGGCUUUGCAAUCGCCUUUUCCAUCAGAAGUAACCACUAGCUGCGAGGAACUCGAUGAAGAUAGCAAGCGUGUUUUGGAGUCUGAUGCUGACAGUAUUUUCACGGGAAGCAACCAUCAAGUUCUCGUCGGCAGCAUCAGCGAUUGCAAGACAAAUCUAGACUUAGAAAGUUACAGCAGCGUUACGAGCUGCUUCCCAGAUUUUCCAGAGGUCGGAGUAGAAGAGGCAGCGAGCUGCGAGGGGCAGGAGAUAGAGUUCUAUGUUAGAGAAGUUCUGGUAGCAUCAGGCUUUACCAGCGAGGAAGUAGACGAGACGCCGUCGACGGUCCCAUGCACGGAAGAAAUUUUCCAGAGGCUCGACAGGCAGCUAGCAAUCCAGCAGGAGCAGCAGGGAAUGGUGGAAUUCGUGUCGAGCAGUGACUCCUCUCAAGUCCGGUGCUUGGAAGCUCCCGGAUCGUGCCACAAGCUCAUGCACGAGUGCAUCGCCGAGGCUCUGGACCUGGUGCUGGAUCCAUUCCGGGACGACAACCGCGCGAGCUCGAUCAUCGCAAGCAGCAGCAGCGUCAUCUUAGCAAGCAGCAGCAGCAGCUCGAUCGCCCAGAGACCGCUCGGCGAGGAUCUGGUGGCCGAAGUCAGCAGCUUCAUCCUCUCGUGGCGAGAGAUGACGCUGGGGAUGGUCGACGAGCUCGUAGAGGUGGACAUGAGCACAGAGGGCGGGAAGUGGAGGGCCUUGACAAGCGAUAGCAUCGAAAUUGGAGUGGAUUUGGAGAGGAUGAUCUUUCGAUCGGUGAUGGAGGAUCUUAUAGCUGACCUCGUAGGAUCCAGGCUGAUGAGCGGCGGCGCCAGGAAGAGAGAGAUUUGCGAUCCCGUUGGGCGCUAGAGAACUCGUCUCGCAUUUCGCGCGAACCCAAAGAAUAUACGCUAGAAUAUGCACUUUUAAAUUCCA